AAGGUCAAAACUGAAGACCAAAGUGGAACAAAGAUAAGGUAGCCUAAAUAGUCCGUCAGUCUGAACAGUUAUCCACAUAUUCCUGAGGUCUUCAACAUGAAAGUCUUGUGCGCGAUUGCUUCGAUAAUAGGGUGUAGCCUCGGGGCAGCAAUUGACAGAAGGGCCACACAGUGUUCGCAGAUCUGCCCCAAAUACUACAGUCCAAUAUGCGGCUCCGAUGGCCAAACCUACGGUAAUAUUUGUUUUUUCAACGCUGCUCACUGCCUCGAUCCUACCCUGACUCACAAACCAGGCGCAUGUGGUGAUCACCCAACCGUAAGUCUUCCCGUGGCCUCGUGCCCUGAUGUCAUGUGCAUCGCCCUCUAUGAUCCCGUCUGUGGAACCGAUGGAAAAACAUACGGCAACUCGUGCGAGCUGACGACAAAGUAUUGCCAUAGUGAGGUGACCGUGGCACAUACAGGCCCUUGUAUUGGCGACUUGGUCGUUAGUUAGACAGACAAGUAUCGUUAAACUCAGUCGUGUUUUAGACGUUGCAACUUGCGGAGUUUUAGAAAUUGCGAGAUGUUUUACUAAUAUUAUCGACAUAAGACAUGACUAUGAAAAUUAUAUAUGUUGAUGGUUUCGUUUACGGAAAUGGCUGGAUGUGUAAAGUAGUAUGCAAAACAAGAAAAGAUGAAGUUGCACAAGAAGGAGGGGGGGGGGGAUAAUAUUGUAGCACGCUGUCCUUUAUGUAUGCUUAGCGAUCAAUAGUCUUGAACUUUAUAUCCACAAAACAUAAUUAGACAUAGCAUACAAAUAAGCAUAAAAAAUAAAUGGUCGCCGCUUUGGAACAUUUAAAGCAAGGAAUAAUGGGUUGACACAAAAUAUGGACCUUUACAAAAGCCUCCCUUUUGUUAGAAGAUUGUACUCACGUAUUCACAAAAUGUACUAUCUAAAUUUUUAUUCAUAUGCUAGUAUUACUAAUAAUAGUAGCCGUGCUCUGUGACAGCACAGGCUGCACAGGCUAAUCAGGUGCGAAACUUUCCGCUGUUAUGGUAUUGUUCGUUUACAAAAAUUCUUAGUAAAAGUCCAGUUAAGGCGGAAAGUGUCGUCCCGGAUUAGUCGUGCGGACUACUAGCAAUAUGUUUGUUUUGACGAAGAACAUUGAACCGUAAAGACAUACAUUAUUUUAACGAAAAUAUUUCAAAAUCCAUAAAUCCAUAUGGGCUUUCGUCAAUUAUAAGUACAAAAAAGACAAACAGACGAACCAACAGACUGAUGGACACACGAACUGACCAACCGACACAAUGGAUCCUAUACAUACUUUCUACCUAAUUGCAAUAAGGGUAUUUAUAAAAUAGUUAAUAUUUGAGAAUUUUGUUGUAUAUAAUCAACAUCGAUGCAAAAUAAACAGUGGUAAACUUUU